GUGGCGCCUGUCAUGGCGGCCUCCAUGGCUGCGGUCGGCGUCAGGCACGGAAGGGGGCUUCGGCCGCUCUUUUGGAAGCCCUGGCGGGCCCUGCUCCGGAGCUUCCGCACGGCAGUGGCCUUUCAAGUGGAAGAGGAGAGCUGUGCUGCAGAAGUAGUGAAUGUGGUGUUCAUAGACCGCUGUGGGCAAAGGAUUCCAGUGCAAGGCAGAGCUGGGGAAGACGUGCUCCGCUUGGCCCAAAGACAUGACAUUGACUUGGAAGGUGCCUGUGAAGCUUCCCUGGCCUGCUCUACCUGUCACGUCUAUGUGAGUCAUGACAUUGUGGAUAAGCUUCCCUGUCCUGAUGAACGGGAGGAGGAUAUGUUGGACAUGGCACCACUGCUUCAAGAGAACUCACGCCUGGGCUGCCAGAUCAUCCUCACCAAAGAACUGGAAGGCGCUGAGUUCACCCUUCCCAAGAUCACCAGGAACUUUUACGUGGAUGGACACGUCCCCAAACCUCAUUGAGCUUAUCGCAAAGAAGAACCAGUCUCAAAAGUGAGGUUGACUCAAGUUUAAGACGCAGGUAUCAAAGAACAAGGUGGAGUAGUUGAAGCAACUGGGAUUAUUAUUUUCUUUCUUUCAAGAAAAAGAAAAUAGUUUGCUCCGUGAGCAAGAAGAUGCUGCCGAAGAGAGAUCCACAAGUGAAAUUUUGAUGCCUGUAUCUGUGCCUUCUUCCAAAAGCCAUCACUGGGUUAUGUGUACACCUCAUUUGUGGUAUGUGAAGGUGGCUGGGAGCUGGAUCCAUUUCUCCCCAAGAUGCUUGGGCAUCAAAUGGAAGAGGUUUCAUGGGGAGAUGAGGGAUUCCUGCACAGUAGCUGUCGUCUUCGAGGAAAAGAGAUAGCGGAUUAUAUGC